AUGCGCCUAUUCUACGUGGUGUUGCUCACUAUGAGCACUUUACUUCUUAGCUGUGGCUCUGCUUUGGCUACUGAUGGCAAUGAGGGAACGCGGUCCCCGAACGUGGGGCACUCUAUUAACUGUGGUCCCACCAAUAAUGCCAAUAGAAUGCUGCGAGUCAGCAAGGAGACCGGAGAUGGAGAGAAUGUUGCUGCUGAGGAAGAGAGAGCUGGUCAAGGGCUUCUUAACAAGUUUCUCGGGAGAAAUGACCUCACAAAGAAGACAUUAUCCAGAAUGAUGAAGGACGAAGCGUUCAAACGGAACAUGUUCAAGAAUUGGGACAAGCACCGGCAGAGCGUCGGCAAGAUCCGAGAAAAAAUGUUUCUUAAGCUCAACCCGCGCUACAAAAAGCUCCUGUUGGAAUAUCUGAACGAAUACAAGCGCACAGCCCCAAAACUGAAAAAGUUCAAGCCGCGCAAGCCAUCGACCGGUUAUCGGGUUCGUUUCGCCGAGGCUUAA